UAUAUCCCCAAGUUGACUUUAUUUUUUCCUUCUAGAAUCAUGUGUAUCCCACAGGAAAAGACCUUGGGGGUUUUGUAUUCUACUCAUACCACUUCCCUCUAAUUUAGAUAUGAGAAAAUUGAGGAAAAGAAUGGGAAGAAAAGUCACUAAUUUAUUGAGAAGCUAAGAUGGAUUGAGAACUAAGUCUUGUCUUUGUUAGUAUUCUUCUUCUGUAUCAUCUUGCCUUUCUUACUUUAUAUCCAUUUCUCCAACUAGAUGAUAAGCUACUUUAGGGUAGAAAUGUCUCAUUAUGAUGUGUUAUACUUGACCCUUGACAUACACUAUCUCCAAUAGUAGUCUUGUGAGGUAGCAAUUAUUCUCAUUCUAACAAUGAGAAGACUAAGUCAAGUAACAAGCCCAAGUUCAAAUGAUCAAUAAAUGACAAAGCCAGGGUUUAUUGAAUGCCUAUUAUGUGCUUGCAGUAUGCUUGUUCUCAAUUUAAAGAAAUUAAAAUACAGUUACCUUAAAGGACAAACUUCAGCAAAGUUUAUAAUCCCAAAUGAGUAAUAUAAUCAGGACUAUGGAAUUCAUAUAGGAUAGGCACUGUGACCUAAGGUAUCAAGAAAGAGAUUAGACUUGAACUUGGCAGUUAAAUGCACAGGAUAUGUGUAAUCCCAGUAGAUGUGGUGGGUGGGAGAGGCAUUUCUAACACAUUUACACAUUUAUCAGCAUCCUUGCAUCCUUUUUAGCUUUGGUAGGAGUAACCACAAAAGACAUGUUGUAGAAAUUAACCCUUUCUUGAACUAACAGUUUCCAGGUUUGGGGAAUUUACCCUCAAAAAAAAAAAGUUGACAGCAUAAUUCCCAAAUACUAGCCACUACCAAAUAUUACACCCUCCUCCAGAACCCAAUUUAAGCCUGUGCUACCUUCUGCAGGCCAAUGGAUAUAGUCAGCUGGGAGAUCCAGGAACAACUAUGUACCUACAUCUGUAAUAUCAUAUGUCUCUUUCUCAUAGCCAUAAAAGGAUGAAAAAGAUGUCAGUGGGUUUGGAUGGACUAGAACAAAGGAUCUUUAGCUUGCAUGAUCAGUGUCCUUCCUUGCUGAGGGGUUCUGAACUUUUUCUGUGUGCCAUGGACCCCUUUGGCAGUCUAGCAAAGGUUAUUUUUCAGAAAAAGAAAAAUUCCAAAGUUCCUAAAAUAAAAUAAUUAUGAUUAAAAUAAAAGCCAAUUAGAUUGAAACCAGUUGUCAAAAUAUUGAAAAACAAAUUUACAUUAGAAUAACACAUGCAUCUCUUUAUUAACACUUUAAAUAACAAGUCCAGUAGCAGAUCUGAUGACUACUGUGAUUUUGACAGAAUGCUAAGUGUUGAUAACAUUUUGUGAUAUCUGCAGCAACUGUAAAGUGAUACGAAAAAUAUGUGUGAUUUCUCGUAGUAAGAGUUCCAGGUACUUCCAAUACUACAUUGGUUGGUUGCCUGUAAUGGAAGGAAAUGUUUACUUUCAGACUAGGAUUACUGCAAAUGAAGAUGUAAUUUUUUUCCCCUUCUAAGGUCACAGCAACUGUAAGUUCUAUCAAUAGAUAGACCUCAGGAUUAAAAUAGGUAUAUUAAAGGAUUACUUCUGGGUAACACAUAAGCUCAGUGCUCACGGAAGCUGUACAGAUACCAACUGAGGCAGCAUGGACACAGCCCACUGCUGGCUCUGGGAAUUGGCCCUUGAGUGUGCUCACCACCAUGGCUGGCAUCUACCAUGGUGCCUGGCAGAAGUGCAUGCUCAGCCAAUGUCUGCUUAACUGUAUGAAGAAAGGAAGAGACAAUGGUGGACUUGCUUCUAUAAGAGUCCUUUCAGUGUUCCGAGACUCUGACAAAUGCAGAAGGAAUUCACUGAAGCCAGCUCAGAGCUCUGUGCCUGCCAAGAGUGACUGCAGGAGACAGCACAGGCAAGGGUGGAACAGCAAUGCAAAGCAGUGGGGUGGGGCGGAGGCCAAUACUCAGCACCAAGUUGGAAUUCUGUCCCUUAGAUAAAGAUUCUGAACAGAAAAGGAAGUUCUACAACCAGUGACCACAGAGGGCAACCACAGGGCAAAGGAGCAGCUGAGCUGCCCAGCUGUUUUUCCUGCUGCUUAUCUGUCAACAUGGGCAGCCACAGGAAAUUCAUUCAUCUGUACCCGGCUUGAUGAGGAAUCCCUUUGUAAGCUUAAAAACCUUUUGUCUUUCUGACAAAAGUGGUGACUUUUGAAACUGGUGACUGAGGGUACCCCCAUCCUGCCCUCCUCUGCCACCAAGAAAAGGGAGGAAAGGCUGAAUUCAUUCACACAGCCCUGUAAAGUGCCUGACAGGACUAAGUGUUACAAACUUAGAAACAACAAAGACCAUCAUAUAAAGCAAUUCUAAGAUUAAUAGCUACUCAUAUAAACUCCACAUGGAUAAAUGAAAUUAUUUCAUUUGGGAUAUUUACCUAAAUUAAUACUUUGGUAUUGGAAGAACUCAUAUUACACAAAAAGUUAAUUUAAAAAAGGUUGUCAUUUUAGAAGCAUGCCUACCAUGCAGGAAUCUUAUGUAAUUUUAUCUAUUUAAUCAUUCCAAUGACUAUCCCCUGUAGUGGGGAGAAUGGUGGUUGCAUCCAAAAGAUAUGUCCAACUUCCCAGUACAUGUAUAUGGGCUCUUAUUUGGAAAAGAGUACCACAGAUAUAAUUAAGGAUCUACAAAUGAAAUCAUCCUGGGUUUUUUUGGGGGCAGGGGCGUGCAUUAAAUUCAACGACAAGUAUCCUUAUAAGAAGAGGAGAAGCCCCAGAGAAAGGAAGAAAACAGCAGAAAAGAGGUCAUGUGAAGACAGCAAUCAGAGUGGUGUGUCUGCAAGUCAAGGAACACCAUGGUUGUUGGCAGCCAUCAGAAGCCAGGGAGAAAGGCAAGGAUGUGAUUCAGAGCCUCCAGAAGGAAUCAACCCUGCAGAUACCUUGUUCUCAGACUUCUGGCCUCCUGAAUUGGGAAAUGCCCAUGGCCUCUGUCUCCUGCACUCAGUGCCAGCUCUGGCUGCCGACCAGCACUUUCAGCUUCCCCUGAGGGGCCUGGCAACAUGAGUUCAUUUCAAUUCUCUGCAGAGGAUUUAACAUGGAAUACAAAAAUCUCAGGAUGCAGAAAGACUAACAGAAUUGACACACAAAAAAAAUUCUACUGAAUGACUUUCCCCACCUUCUUGGUGAUUGUACACCUGCCUUCCUUAUAAGGAGAACAAGGAAGUAAAUCAUGUUGAAGUUGCUUUUAAACACAGCUUUUCUUCUUUACCUGUCCAGGUAGCCUCUGUUUUCAUUUCAAUCUUAAUGAAAACUUUUAAAAUUUAUAUCUCAAGUUUAUUUUCAAAGCAGUGUAAGUAGUACUUAAAAUUUUACACUUCGAGAAAGAAAGACUUUUAUGAUAUUCAGCUUUGAUCUUGUAGCGCUGGAGGUAAUUCAUUUUUUAAUCUGCCUGCACAGCGAGAACUGAAGCGAAUGGGGAUUGAGCUGUUCUACCUGUUGUUUCUAUUUCUAGGAAGGCAUGAUCGCGUGCAAGGUGGCUGUGCCAAGGGAGGUGCAGAGACGUGUGGAGACUGCUUACUCAUUGGACCUCAGUGUGCCUGGUGUUCCCAGGAGAAUUUUACCCAUCCAUCUGGAGCUGGUGAAAGGUGUGAUACCCCAGCAAAUCUUUUAGCCAAAGGAUGUCAAUUAACCUUCAUCGAAAACCCUGUCUCCCAAGUAGAAAUACUUCAAAAUAAGCCUCUCAGCAUAGGCAGACAGAAAAAUAGCUCUGACAUUGUUCAGAUUGCGCCUCAAAGCUUGAUUCUUAAAUUGAGACCAGGUGGUGAACAGACUCUGCAAGUGCAUGUCCGCCAGACCGAGGAUUACCCAGUGGACUUGUAUUACCUCAUGGACCUCUCUGCGUCCAUGGACGACGACCUCAACACAAUCAAAGAGCUGGGCUCCCGGCUUUCCAAGGAGAUGUCUAAAUUAACUAGCAACUUUCGACUGGGCUUUGGCUCUUUUGUGGAAAAGCCUGUCUCCCCUUUUAUGAAAACAACACCAGAGGAAAUUGCCAAUCCUUGCAGUAGUAUUCCAUACUUCUGUUUACCUACAUUUGGAUUCAAGCAUAUUUUGCCAUUGACAAAUGAUGCUGAAAGAUUCAAUGAAAUCGUGAAGAAUCAGAAAAUUUCUGCUAACAUUGACACACCGGAAGGUGGAUUUGAUGCAAUCAUGCAAGCUGCUGUGUGUAAGGAAAAAAUUGGCUGGCGGAAUGACUCACUGCAUCUCCUGGUCUUUGUGAGUGAUGCCGAUUCUCAUUUUGGAAUGGACAGCAAACUAGCAGGCAUCGUCAUUCCCAACGAUGGGCUCUGUCACUUGGACAACAAGAAUGAAUACUCCAUGUCAACUGUCUUGGAAUAUCCAACAAUUGGACAACUCAUUGAUAAACUGGUACAAAACAACGUGUUGUUGAUCUUUGCUGUAACCCAAGAACAAGUUCAUUUAUAUGAGAAUUACGCAAAGCUUAUUCCUGGAGCGACAGUGGGACUGCUUCAGAAGGACUCUGGAAACAUUCUCCAGCUUAUCAUCUCGGCUUAUGAAGAACUGAGGUCUGAGGUGGAACUGGAGGUAUUAGGAGACACAGAAGGACUGAACCUGUCCUUCACAGCCAUCUGUAACAACAGUACCCUCUUCCCACAGCAGAAGAAAUGCUUGCACAUGAAGGUGGGAGACACAGCUUCAUUCAACGUGACUGUGAGCAUACCUCACUGCGAGGGAAGAAGCAGGCACAUCGUCAUAAAGCCCGUGGGGCUGGGGGACGCCCUGGAAAUACUUGUCACUCCAGAAUGUGACUGCGACUGUCAGAAAGAAGUGGAAGUGAACAGUUCCAAAUGCCACAAUGGGAAUGGCUCCUUCCAGUGCGGGGUGUGUGCCUGCAACCCCGGCCACAUGGGUCCUCACUGCGAGUGUGGCGAGGACACGCUGAGCACAGAUUCCUGCAAGGAGGCUCCCGAUCACCCCUCGUGUAGUGGAAGGGGUGACUGCUAUUGUGGGCAAUGCAUCUGCCACUUGUCUCCCUAUGGAAACAUUUAUGGACCUUACUGCCAGUGUGACAAUUUCUCCUGCGUGAGACACAGAGGACUGCUGUGCGGAGAUAACGGCGACUGUGACUGUGGCGAGUGUGUGUGCAGGGGUGGCUGGACCGGAGAGUACUGCAACUGCACCACCAGCACAGACGCGUGCGUCUCUGAGGACGGAGUGCUGUGCAGCGGGCGAGGGGAUUGCGUCUGCGGCAAGUGUGUUUGCACAAACCCUGGAGCCUCAGGACCCACCUGUGAAAGAUGUCCUACAUGUGGUGACCCCUGUAACUCUAAACGGAGCUGCAUUGAAUGCCACUUGUCUACAGAUGACCAUGCCCAAGAAGAGUGUGUGGACAAAUGCAAACUGGCUGGAGCAACCAUCAAUGAAGAAGAAGAGUUCUCAAAGGACAGUUCUGUUUCCUGCUCUCUGCAAGGAGAAAAUGAAUGUCUUAUUACAUUCCUAAUAACUACAGAUCAUGAAGGGAAAACCAUCCUUCACAACAUCAGUGAAAAAGACUGUCCUAAACCUCCAAACAUCCCCAUGAUCAUGUUGGGGGUUUCACUGGCUAUUCUCCUCAUUGGGGUCGUCCUGCUGUGCAUUUGGAAGCUGUUGGUAUCAUUUCAUGAUCGUAAAGAAGUUGCCAAAUUUGAAGCAGAACGAUCAAAGGCCAAGUGGCAAACGGGAACCAAUCCACUAUACAGAGGCUCCACUAGUACUUUUAAAAAUGUGACCUAUAAGCACCGGGAAAAACAAAAGGCAGACUUUUCUACAGAUGGGUAGAACCACUUCAUGCAUGGAACAAGGCUGUUUCACUGACAUGAAAGGUUAAUGCACUAUUUGAUUUUUCUUUCUUUGUUGCUUCAAAGAGAUUGGUUUAAGAUAAUAAUAGGUCAUUUGGAGCUCAUUCUCUGCAUGAAGGUGAGACACUGUUGGCAAGUUCAAAAUGAGCAAGAAGAGGAAUAUCCUCAGCAAAGAGGUGACUUUGGGGAUCACUUGAGGAAUACUAACUCUGCUGCACUAAUGCCUCAAAAAUCAUCAAAAUGAUUCAUGGGGACUCAUUUGCAUUUGAAAAAUGUUUGAAAUUAGAAUGUCAUUUGUUUCCGAAAUACAUCUACCUAAAGUCUUUGUCUCAGCAAAGUCACGAAGCCCAUAUGCUCGCAUCGUAUACCCACACUUGACAGGUAUUCUAAGCAUGUAGUAAAUCUGCCCUCUCCUAAAGGAGGACUUUUUUAAGUCCAUGAGAAAUGAGCUCCUGGUUUUACUUCAGCUGAAAGGAUGCAACUCUUCCAAAGAUACCCCAAAUGUGAGACUGAAAAUUAAGUGAUAAUAACUUCUGUGAAUUUGUAUGCACCUUAAAGUCAGGUACGCAAACAAGCGCUUUGUUUUAUAGAUGAGGAGGAAGUAAUUUAUAAAUUAAGUCUCUAGGAUAAAUGAAAAUAACAAAUAACAAUGAUAUCAUUUAGCUUAUUUGUAAAUUACCUGAAAAAUAACAUAAGCUCAGUUUCUUUCUUGUCGCUGGGUUUUCAACCUGUUCUUCUGUAUUUCUCAAUCAUUUUACUCAAUUUUGCAGUCUUCUAAGCCCUGUAAUUAUUAUUUGAAAGUGUCUAUUUCUUUUUUUAAAAUUACUUUAAGUGGUUAGCAUAUUCAAAGAGAGUUCCAAUAUCAUGAAAGGAACAUUGGGUGAACAUUUUUAAUGUUUAAAUAGCUUUAAGUUAAGCAUUUUGAUUGUACAUAAGGCUCUCACAGAGUACAGGCUUUUUAAUCCAUGUUCUUGUCCCAUCUGCACAACUCAGUGUGCACUUUUCAAUUGUGUGUGGUAGUUAUGCAUCAUGCAUUUACUUUAGGAAGUUAAGAUUUUACUUGCAAAAUACAUAUGUACAGUGCCAGGCAAGGUGGUGCACACCUGUAAUCCCAGCACUUGGGAGACAGAGACAGAAGAAUGGUAAAUUAGAGCCCAGCCUGGGCUACAUGAUGAAACCUGUCUCAAACACAACAACAAAAAUGUGUGUGGACAAUUAGAGAUCCGCCAGUAGAUUGAAGAGAUGGACUCUAGGAUAUUUUUCUUAUGGUCCCUGAUGCAUCACAAAGCACUUUCACCUUAUCUGAUCCUCAUAAGGAAAUGAAGGCUCAGAGAGUGAGUAGAACUGGGUUCAGAAUCUAUGCUAUCUAACUCUGAGCCAUUUCGCCUUUCCAGUGCACAGGACUGUCUCUUUUGUCAGUAAAAUAAUAAAAGAUCACGUUAGUUAAGUGAAAGAUAUCACUUAUUUGGAAGUGUGCUAAACUAAAUAGAUCCCAUUUAAACCACUGGGAUACAGAUGAGUUAUAGUGUUUUUGUACAGUGCUUUUUACCUUUGAUUGAAUUGCAGUGUGAAGCCAUUAAAAGUGGAGGCUUCCUGGUUGUCCUUUGAACUGUUUGUGUGAUCUCAAAGUUUCUUCAGUCCUACCAGACACAUCUCAUACAUUUGAUUACUGGGAGACUUUUUAUCUGGUUUCUAAAUUAUUCAGGUAAAUCAGACAUUUAUGGAGUAUCCAGCUAAAUGAAAAGAAUUAAAAGCAAUCUCCUUGGACAUCGGAAGGGCUGACGUAUCCCAGGUUCCUGACUACCACCCAGAACCCAUGGAAAGCAUAGAGCAACAUGCAGGCACACUACUGAUGGCUCAGGGUGGCUGUCACCUUUACAUGGCACUGCUUGUGCUAUUUUUGUAUGAUUACCAAAAUGGGAUUUUAAAGAAUAGAGGUUUCCUUUGUGUGUGCAUUAGGGAAGAAUCUGCUCUUUCUCUGAGUAAUGUUUUGACCCAAGGCAGGACCUUGAAAAGGUCAAACCAUUAACAGUAGUACUUCUGUUCACUGAAGAGUUAUGUUACAUGAAGACAAAAAGGUUGCUUUGUAAGUUGUUUUAUUGUAUUUUGUGUUGAUAUAAAUAAAUAUGGUAAU